CAAGCUACACAGACUUGACUAAUGACUUGGACUUUUGGAUGCUCUUCCAUGAAUUGGCUUGUUGCACUGCUGAUGAAGGAAUUAUUGAUGUAUUCAAACCUCCUCUAAUCUGAAGGGUGCUAGAAUUUAGAACACUAGUUCGAAUUGGAUUCGAAUCGAGUGGCGAAUCUCUCUGCAGAAACACUAGAAAGCUGAAGCAAGAUCACGGGAACACAAGGAUAAUAAACCAGAGCUUGUAGGACUUCUGCUUCAGGUUGAUUCAUCAAUGUCUACUGAUAGCGUUGAUGCUGCUGAACUACUUUUGCGCCUUUCAAUUUUUGGAUUCAGCCAACUAUCUGCUAGUGAUCAACUAGAGGAGACGGAAGAAGUGCGUAAUAAACUAGUUCAUCAAGGUGUUCCAGUGCUCGAGCAACUCCCUGAAGAAACCGAGGAGGAUUUGAGAGUCAGAACAUUCACAGAGCUAUUCAAGAAACUUCCCUUCCAUGAGCAUGAUCUUUUCCUUUCCAAAGUUACAAAGAAAUUCAAGCGCGAAGGGCAAUUUGGCGAACUGAUUUCUUGGUUCAGUAAACUAGAUUCCAAUGAACAACAAGAAGUGAUUGGUAAAAUUGUUAAUGUCACAGCUGAUUCUGACAAAACCAAUGAUGAAGAUGUCUUACUCGGAAGAUUUUCACAGCUGUCGAGAGAUUAUACCGACUAUGUUCAUAAGCUUCUCGUCCCCUGCAUGGAAGAACAUAAAAAGAAACGAAAAGAUGAACAGAAGACAGCCGAAGAGGAAACUAGUUCGGAUUGGAAAUCCCGUUUUGAAGAGUUUUACUUUGGUUUCUCAAUUGUUUGGUUCAAGGCACAAGGCGUGGAUAUACAGAGAUGGUUGAUAAAACAUCCAAACUCUGGUAGAUCAGUAAAAGGUUCUGCUAGUGGAAUAAUUCAUCGGAUACUCCACGGAGAGAGCGAGGAGGAUUUCAGACUCAGAAAAUUCUCCGAGCUUCUGUGCACAAAAGCACUUCCCUUUGGUAUUCAAGUUCGUUUGAUUGACACCGUCGAAGAGGAACUGCGUAAACGAACAUCUUUUCCUCGCGGGAACCUUAGAACAAAAGUUUCGGCCAGUCGUGAAAUAUUAUCUCAGCUCUUAACUUUUGGAUUUAGCCUACUAUCCGCCACUGAUCAACAACGGAAAAUUGAAGAAAUCUCCGGUAAAGCUAGUGGAAUGGUUGAGAUUUUCAAAAGAGUUGCAGAAGAAAGUGAAAUCUCUGGUGAAGCGGGUGGAAAGGUUGAGAUUAUCAAAAGGACUUGCAGAAGAAAGUGAGGAAGAUUUCAGAAUGAGAACGUUCACAAGCCAAGUUCACAAAGUUUGGUCCUUUACCCUAGCUCAUUUGCUCUCCAAAAUUUUAAACAAAUUCUUAUGUGAAAGAAAGUUGCAUGACUUGACUCUUUCGUUCGGGCAACUAGGCUCCAAUGGUCGGAAAAAUAUGAUAGAACAAUUGUUUGAUUGGUUAAUGGAGACGUACUAUUCAAGCGAAUACACCAAAGAUGUCAUAAUUGAGAAACUCUCCGGAGAAAGUGAGGAGGAUUUCAGGCUCAGAAGAUUUAUAAAGCUCUGUACUACGCAUCCUUCCCUUUGGGAUCAGAAUGAAGUUGCGAAGUGGGAUCUCACAAGUACGCUGCAAACAUCCGGUAACCAAGAGAGAGAGAGAAUCAAACACGACAGUAUUUCAGUAUCACAAAAUAAUUUCUCCUCGCGAUAUGCUGAAUUUUACUUUGGUUUGUCCAUUAUUUGGUUCAAGACAGUGUGCACCAACGAACCAAGAAACCCCAUUCAAGUACUUCUCGGUGAAGCUGAAGAAGGUGACACAAUAGAGAAACUCCACGGCGAGAAUGAGGAGGAUUUCAGACUCCGAAGAUUCAUCGAGUCGUUUAAACAACUUCAACUUAGCUCCCAAGAGUAUAUCGUUGAAUAUAUUAUGAAAACGUUACGGGAAGAUAUGGUUUAUGGUUACAGGUGUUAUCAAACUGCUGGUUACAGGUGGGAUCAAACUGCUAAGGAUGCAUUCGCGUCUACCUACUGGUUCGAAGAAGAUCUUCCCUUUGCUCAUCACUUCAUAAAGUUGAAAACUCCAAAUCUAAGGGGAGGAGGAGGGGGAGGAGCAACCGGUCAAGGAGGAGGAGCAACCGGUCAAGGAGGUGGAGCAACCGCAAUUACACAAGGAAGGUAGGGAACAAGUGAACAGACGGGUCGAUGAUUUGCAACACUCCACAAGUCAAUAAAUCUCCGAACAAAACUAUUUGUACCAUAUUUAAUAAUUGCGUUAUUGGACAUAAUAUACAUGUAGUUGCUUCAAGUUGAUUUUACAAUUUCUAUGUACCUUGAUCUUC